AUGCCGAACACGCCUAGUGCGCCACGGGAGCAGUCAAAACUGCUCCCGUGGCGGAGAAGCCGUUGUUCGACAUCAUUGGUGUCGAACAACGGUGCCGCGUGUCUGUUCGACACCAUUGGUGUCGAACACCAGCUCCACGUGACCGUUCGACACCAAUGGUGUCGAACAAAGGCUCUGUUCGACACCAUUGGUGUCGAACAAGAGUAUGAUUUGAAAAAAAGCUCUCAAGUUUUUGAUGAAAGUCCUGAUCUAAAUGUGGUUUGCUGGACUAGUCUUGUUAGUGGUUACUGUUGUAAUGGACUGAUCAAUGAAGCGCGUAAGAUGUUUGAUAUAAUGCCGGAGAGAAAUGAAAUUUCUUGUAGUGCAAUGAUUUCUGGGUAUGUUUCAAAUGCAAUAGGUGCAUUUGAAGAAGGGAAAUGUAUUCAUUCCCAUGUAGAUGGGAAAGGUAUGGAUUAUGAGCUCGAGAUGGGUACUGCAUUGAUAGAUUUUUAUGCAAAGUGUGGUCACAUAAAAGAUGCCGUUGAAAUAUUUAGCAAGAUGCCACAUAAAGAUGUAACAACUUGGAGUUCUACGAUCUUGGGUUUGGCUGUCAAGGGAGAGAAUGAAAGAGGGAUUGAACUUUUUGUAGAGAUGGAGAAGAAGGGACCUACACCGAAUGCUGUAACUUUUAUUGCAGUUCUCACUACUUGUAAUCACAAAAUUCUGUCGCAUCCAGAUGGAGCCAUAUGGAGUUCUUUGCUCAAAGGGUGUAUGAUGCAUGGACAUGUUGAGAUGGGGGAGAAGGUAGGGAGGCUUCUUAUCCAAUUAGAGCCACAACAUAGUGGAAGGUAUGUCCUUCUAGCAAACAUUUAUGCCACUAAGGGAAGCUGGGAGGAGGUCAUUAGGUUAAGGAAAAUGAUGAAAGAGAGGGGAGCAACUACUGUUUCUGCAUGGAGUUUCAUUGAGAUUGAUGGGAGUGUUCAUAAGUUUGUUGCUGAUGAUGAUAAGGUCCAUUCUCAUUUUGGAGGCAAAAGUAUGUCCCUUCUCAGACUAUGA